AUGGCCAAAAAUAAAAGAAAGCAUGCAACACUGCAUUCUUUUUUUGAGAAGAAAAGAAGAACUGAUGUUCCAGAACAAAUUAUUUUGGUUGAUGCCCCUCCCUUGGUAGAUGAAGAAGAACAAGUGGAUGAACAAGAACAAAUAGAAGAAACUCCAAUAUCAACAACACCACCUCAGGUUAUGAGAGGGAGGGGCAAUGAUGAUUCUGCUAUUUUGGUGGUAGAAAGAGAACCAGGAUCUGGUACUUCACCUUCCGCACGAGCAAAGGCUUCUGGUGCUGUUAAGUUGAUGAUGUCUUUUGACUUCAUAUUUAUUCUGCAUGUCAUGAAAGAACUUAUGGGAAUCACGGACAUGCUAUGCAAAAAGUUGCAACAAAAGUCUCAAGAUAUUGUGAAUGCCAUGGAUGAUGUUAAGACUACCAAAAUGUUGAUCCAGGAGCUAAGAGAUAAUGGUUGGAACAAGCUUAAAGCUGACGUGCUUUCAUUCUGUACCAAACAUGGAGUUCAAACACCACAUUUCAGUGAGUUAUAUGUGGAUUUCAUUAAUUCUCGUGCGGAGGAUGAGACUACAGUUGAGCACCAUUAUCGCUGUGACAUUUUCAUGGUUGCUGUUGAUCAGCAAGCACAAGAGCUGAAUUGUAGAUUCAACAAACAAGCUACAGAGCUUCUCAUCCUGUGUACUUCCUUGGACCCAAAAGAUUCAUUCCGUUCAUUUAACAUUGAUAAUAUAUGUUCUCUGGCUUCAAAGUUCUAUCCUGCUGAUUUUAAAGAACAAGAAAUGAAUAAUCUAAGAUGUCAGUUACGACAUUACGAGAAUGUUGUACCCACAAGCCCAAAGUUUCAGAAUUUGACAACUAUAUCAGAACUUUGUCAACGACUUGCAUCUAGUGGAAAAUCAGAUGAAUAUUACUUGAUUGACAGACUCAUUCGGCUUGUUCUUACUUUACCGGUUUCAACGGCAACUACAGAACGUGCAUUUUCUGCCAUGAAACUUGUGAAGACAAGGCUUCGGAAUAAAAUGGAAGAUGGAUUUCUAAGGGACUGCUUGCUAAUUUAUAUUGAAAAGGAGAUUGCUGUUGGAAUAUCAACAGAUGCAAUUAUAGAUGAGUUCGAUGAACCACCACGUCGAGUGCCAUUUAGUUGAAGGCUUGGAGCAAGUUAGUUUCUCUAUCUUCUAUUAUCUAGAUUUUUCUUUUGUGUGAUGUACCAUUGAAAAAUUGCAUAUCCUUUUGUA